AUGUCUUCAUCUUCAAAGUGGGAGGCUACCAGCUUCGAGAUCCUGACGCAGGGCCGUGACAGGGUCUCCGACCAAUUGUUUGCCAACGGCCGCAUGCAAGUGCCGCUGAGAAUCAACAUCAAAGCCGCCGCCCAGAGUGCAAGCGGAGAGCUAGUCCCCUACAAGUUGUCUCCAGACGAGCUGGACCGGAUCAGGCUCAAGGAUCACCAUACGAAUGGACCAUUGCCCAGCGCAUGGCAAGAGACCGACCACAAGAGCGGAGACUGGUCUGAUACAUUCCCCAACGCGAGCGCCCCCGAAGAGAGCGCGCCGCGUGAGGACGACAGUCAGAGUUAUAUACUGUGGAUUAGCACGACUGAAAACGGACUCAAGCACAUCCAGGCCACGAUUCCAAACGGUCAGGGCACUUGGCAGACCACCAAGAACUCCAUCGCCCUGACUGCGGUGUAUCCUAUCAGGUACAGGGUUUCGGAGAGUCACAACAUCGAAUACCGCAAGAAUGAGGUGGCGAAAGGAAGCUGGACGGGCGAGAAGCACCCCGACGUACACAGGGGAGACUGGACACAAUAUAACUGGUACUUCUCGACUACAGCCCAUCCGACAAAGCAGGUAGAGCUGCACGACUUUUCGCCGGAUGACUUGCAGCUUAAGCUUGGGGAUAAAAAGCUGAGAAACGCCUGGCGGAUGAAGAUGGAAGCCAACUCCCUGCAGAUCGCUUACGUCUGGGAAUGCAGCCAGAGACGGGAAGCGCCUUUUGGGUGUUACUACAUGGACCGCCCUCAAACGAUGACGGUCAAUCAGGCUGCAAACGCGUUGCGUGUGACACUUCUCAGUUUCACGCAUCCUGUCCGGAAUAAAUACCCGUACAAUUUUACGUUCAAGCCGUGGUUUGAGAUCUUUGAUAUCUACGGGAACUCGGGGCGGUUCAGUCUGAAACUGACCGAUGAAAAUGCUGUCGAGUUUGAGAACUAUUCCUAG